GACCCCGCCAAUGAUAAAACGCAUAGCUCACCGGAAUCUCACGAGCAGUCGCUGCCUAGCAUGGCAUGUCUUGAUAAAGAGUUGAGGCCUGCCUUGCCUGCCUUGCCAGCAUCCUAACUGCGCUUGCGAUAUCAGCAACAUGGACGUCACAAAUGAAUCUAGGGACUUUGACGUCAAGAGCAUAUCCAGCUCGUCGUCUGAGGCGAAUGGGUCAAGCCUCAACAAGAUGACGGACCUUCCAUUGGUGGGGAAGGACACCAAGGAUGAGCUGCCAAGCUUAGGCAUGACCUCCGACAUAAAGAAUCUGUGGGAAGGAAAGAGGAAGUGCAUGUGCUGUGUCAACUGGGUCGAGGAAUACCCUGAAGAUGUCCGGCCUAACCCGGAGGAGACCGAAGCAGUUCAGAAGUUCGCACUCAUAGUCCGUAACCGGAAGUACCACGGCUCGAACUCCAAGGCUAUGGUGGUCAGUUCCAUUGUUGUACAGAGCCCGCUCCUCAAGCCACUUUUAGAAGAGGUCUUCGAAGGAUAUGACGGCAUCACGGCGACGCUGAAGAAGGUCACCUUUACAACACCCUUUGAGCCGUUCUUCUAUCGCUGGAGUCGUUUCAAGAAAGCGGUCGAAGAGGUGGAAGACGAGAUGACGCGGGUUCACGCGAAGUUACUGUAUGACGUUCUCGAGAAGGAGCUGGAUGAGACCAUCACCACCUACCACGACCUUCUGAGUCAUGGUGUCAUCACCUACAAGUACCUCUGGACGUUGUUCAAGCCCGGCGAUCUCCUUCUGUGCCAAAUGAAGGACGAGGAGAUGAUCAUGAAGCUCCAAAGGACGGAGGUUGAGCCCAAUGGUCUCUCCCUGUACUCCAAGUACGUCGACUGGGAUGGGUACUCCUUCGGAUAUGGCUCCUACAACUUCUCCAUCGGCGAGUUCGAAGGCACUAAAGCCAUCACCGACCUGGACGCAUAUCCUAUUCAGUUCAACAGCGAAGCAGCCGCCAUAGAGAGCAGACUUGCGGCCAGGGGGAGGAAGUUUGAGAAGCUUCAGGGCUACCACUACAAGAUGUACAGAGGCUUCGCGGAACUGGUACCGGCAAGCUUCGGAAGACGCAACGUUCCUAUUCGCAACCGAAAGCUGGAGAGUCGAAUUAUCGUCGAUGCGGAAAUGUACAACCGAUUCAACUCCGGUGGGCUCCUUCCUCUCGAGCCUCUCGGGUCAACCUCGUUCGCCCCAAAAGUACCUGCAGAAGUCGAGCCUACUCAUGUGCCGGGGGCCGCCCCCCCAUACGGAGCCUCUCCGCCCCCGCUGCCGCCGAUGCAGACAUGCACAGGGAUGUACAUGAACCCGCCACUUCCACCCAUGCCCAUGCCUCCUGUACCUGGUGUCCUGCGGCAGCCUAUGGAACCGAAGGUACUCUCGGAUGACUUGUACCCCCUUUGCGCUCCGGUCAUCAAGGGGUACUCGUUGAAGACCAAGAACUGGGCCAAGUUCAAAGUCGACAGCGUCCAAGACAUCAUCUGGGACGACCGUGCGUUCGAUAACCUCGUUCUCCCUCCGGGCUACAAGGAGCUGAUACUGUCCUUCACUCAAAAUCAGACGAAUGCGGAGGGCCUUCUGGAUGAUGUUAUUGAGGGGAAAGGCCAAGGCAUCGUAAUGCUCCUCAAUGGCGAACCCGGCGUAGGAAAGACAUUAACAGCGGAGUCAGUCGCCGAACACAUGCAGGUUCCGCUCUACUCCAUGUCUGCCGCCCAACUUGGCGUCGACUCCGCGGAGGUGGAGCAUUCCCUAGGCGAUAUUCUGGAAAUGACAACCAAGUGGCGAGCUAUCCUGCUGCUCGAUGAGACUGAGGUAUUCCUUGAGCAACGCACUAUUGACGGGCUUGAGAGAAACAAGCUCGUGUCUAUCUUCCUUCGCAUGCUGGAAUAUUAUCGCGGUGUCCUGUUCUUGACCACUAACCGCGUCUCGGUUUUGGACAAGGCCUUAGAGUCCCGGAUCCAUCUCAAGAUCUCGUAUCCCGAACUUGACGAGCAAGCCCGGCUCUGCGUCUGGCACAAUCUGAUCGACUUCUUGCCUCCCUCGAGCGUCGGUCUCGACGAGGCCGAUGUUCAAUUGCUCGCGCAGAAGAAGAUGAACGGGCGAGAAAUUAAGAACGCGAUCAAAGCAGCGCAAUUGCUGGCCAAUGGGCAAUGCACCGCCCUGAACUUGGAGCACAUCGAGACCGUAUUGAGGAUUACCCAGAUUGGAGGUGUCUUCGGGGCCCAGGUCUGAGGCGGAGUCGCAGUGCAGUCACGGUCGAGUUAAUGUACUUUCAUUUGGUCACAAAUUGAAGAACAAAGUCGUUUAGCAGAAGCUGUGGUCACUUUAUACUCCUCCGGCUUUCCCUCGAAAUAAGCGCAGGCGGCAAUACGUGGUCUG